GCAGGUCAUUGAGCUUUUGACUACAUGCAUUUUGUCUGUAAAAUGGAGACAAGAUCACUUCACAGGGUUGCUGGAGCCAUUCUAUGAGAUAAUGCCCGGCUGUGUCUGGUAUCUGGAAGCAUUGUUUUGCACUACUCCAUUCCUCGCAGUUUGGGUAAAGCCUCCCUUCUGCAAGUGGGGUGGUCUCGGGGGGUUAGCUGUGGGAGAGCUGUGAUGGAGUGAGAGGAUGCAGCCCUUCUGGCAGACUUACUCAGGCGGCCUGGCCUGGCUCACCCCUCACCCAGAACGGGUAAGUGGCGAACCCGACUGCUCAGUGCUGGGACUCGUGGGUGUGUGUGUGGGGGGUGGGGUACGUGCAAUCACCAAGGGGCAGGCAGCUGUGCGGGUCCUGGCCCACACUACAAUUGGUGGAAGGAAUUCAGGAAGUGCUCCCAGCUACUCAGACAUCUCGGAGCCUUGUCUCAAGCAGGACAAAGGCUGCAGCACCCAGGGAUGAGUGUCCAUGGCCUGGCCCCUGGCGUGGCCCCCACAUUAGGAGGCCACGGUGCCGCGUACAGCCAGCGCUGUCACUCGGGGAAGCCCAGGCCCCUCCGAGUCCAGGGAAUCUUGAGCUCCCAUCUCUCAGGACGGCUCUUCUUCCAAAAAGCUGCCGGUGGAGUUGACCAUGGCUCUUGGGAUCAUGGCCGGAGGCCUAGAAAACAGUAACAGGACCCACUGAGGCCUGACUGGUGCAAUGCGGAGUGCGCGACGGGCCCCCGGGGCCUCGACCCAGGGCCUCAGACCAGCAUCUGCCUAGGAGACCACGAGGACAGCGGCUGGAAGAGCAGAGUGCCGGCCAGAGCCCCCUGUUUUGGAUGGGGGGCCUAAAGCUCUAAGACACGCCCCGGUUGCUCAGCAGGUCAGCUGCCACGUGGGGCCAUGGAAACAGCCGUGAUUGGAGUGGUGGCAGUGCUGCUUGUGGUCACCGUAGCCAUCACCUGCCUCCUCUGCUGCUUCAGCUGUGACUCGAGGGCCCAGGAUCCUCAGGGGGGCCCUGGCCACAGCUUCACGGUGGCCACCUUUCGCCAGGAGGCUUCUCUCUUCACAGGGCCGGGUCACCAUGCCCAGCCGACGACGGGUGCCCGGGACUUCUGGACCUUCAUGUGAGGCCUCACGGUCCCCCAGAUUUGUGCUGCUGGUGGGUCAGACUCACGCACCCCCCAGCAAGCCUUCCCUGGUGUCCUGCACCUCCGUCUGGCGUCCCUGGCCUUCCCUGCCUGUAUUCAGCAAACUCCCUGUCCUGCCCGUCCCAUCCCGGCUUGCUGGGCCCUCCAGCCUGGGAGAUCCGCGGUGGUGGGACCUGAUGGAAUGCAGCCCCCACCCCUGAGAGUUCAGCUGGAUCCUAUCCACAGGCUGGGGCUUAGGAGAGGUGUGAAGAGUGAGUGACUGGGCAGUGACGGAUUGCACCGGGGCCCUCUCUGCUGAUUUACACGGAGACAGAUAUCACUGGAACUUAUUGUGAACAGGGUGCUAAGUUCAUCAGGUCCCCCCCCCCCCCGCCCCCGCACCCCAGCAUGCCUGUGAAGCUGGUUCUGUUGCCACCAGAGGAAACAUCGCCCUCAAGUGGACAUUUUUACGUUUUUAUCUGCCCCUCUCAUUGAGUCAUUUGGUCACUUGCAAGCUCACGUGGCACAGAACCCAACCCUGAGACCUGAACCCCACCAGUUGCCUGAAAUCAGCCCUACAAUUCUGAAACCAAAGGGCUGCUUCCUUGGGAGCGAGUGAUUUAUUUUAUAAUUGAAAAUGCAUAUCCUUAUAUAGGUCUCUCAAGAAUCAGGCUUGAAAACUGCAAAAGGAAACAGAAGAGAAGAAAAAAAAAGAGUCACAGAAAGUACAAGCCAUUUGAUGAACAGGAAAGCCAGAAAGAAGACUUUGAAACACAUUUGGAAUGAGACUUUAUUACUAUAUUCUUAUAGGUCACUUCUGUUCUUAGAGACUGUGAGUAACUUGCGUCACUUAGGAAUGAUGAAAAUACCAUGAACUGAAAGAUAAUUCCAAAUAAGUUAAAAUGUUAUGUUACAUUGACAGCAUGUAGCAAAGCUCUUGUUUUCAUCACAAAUAAAGAGAUGCUCAUUUUUUAUUAAUAGAAAA